AGCCCCGCCGGUCUCUGUUUUAGGGCGAGAAAGCUCUUCUCUUUGGCCGGAGCGGGGCCGGGAUGCGGAGCACGCUCCCCUCCCGCCCUUGCUUUCCUUGUCUUCAACUCUUAAGAGGCGUCACCUAAGGGAAACCACUGCUACGCAGCCUUUUCCGCGCCCCGACCCUGGAAGCGCCUCGUCCCCGCUCGGCAUCUCGCCUCGUCCAGCAUCCUUUCCGGCUAUUUCCUCCUCCUCGGCCCGCCGGACUCCUCCCAGCUUUUGCUCCGCCCGUCGCCGCCUCUUGCUUUGUUGAUGUUUCACUUAGUUUUAAUGCCCAGUUCCCAAGAUGGAGGCAGCGUUGGGGCCACGCGAGUUGCUCGGGCUGAUCGCGGCGCUCCUUCUCCUGCUGCCCCCGAGCCUAUCAGCUCCGGAUCCGACAGCCGCCUUCUCCCGGGUGGUAAGCCAGGAAAAUAUCAAGAUUAAAGUGAAUAUAUUGGAAAACAAUGGGGAUAUUCAGGAAAGACAGGUUGUCCUUAAUAUCACUUACAUAAAUGGUCAGGUGUAUGUAAAUGACUUUCCACUGAAGAGCGGAGUCACCCGGAUAAAAUGUCAAACUUUAAUUUUGAAGAGUGGAAACUCUGAUACUUUAUUGGAUCAGAAGCAAUUAGGAAUCGUCAAUGUUCGCAUUAUGGUCCAUGAGUGGCCGAUGGCAUCCAGCUCCAACUUGCAAUUGAUUGUUGUUCAAGAAGAAGUGACAGAUAUAGAUGGAAAGCAGGUUAAACAAGAUGAAGUGACAGAAAUAGACCUAUUGGUUAAGGAUCAGCGAGUCCUGAGACAUACAAACUACACCGUUCCUCUGGAGGAAAGCAUGCUGUAUUCCAGCCCGAGGGACAAUGAUAUUUUGUUUACGGUUCCGAACCUUGCAGGAAAAGAUGUUGAAAGUCCUCUACAAACAACCAGUCACUAUCUUCUCAGGCAGGUAGAAACUACAGUAGAUGAACAGACAAUGCAUGGCAAAUUACCAGAGACUCCACUCAGAACUGAGCCACCAUCUUCUUAUAAGGUGAUGUGCCAGUGGGUGGAAGAUCUGAGAAAGGAGCUUUGUACGUUUUGGCUCAAAUCUUUUCCUGUGUUUUUUAAUUUUAUGGAGGUCAUUGUGGUUGGAAUUAUAGGAGCAGCUUUAAUCAUAAAAGUAUUAAAAGUGUUUUGUCCCUCAUGUGAAAGCAGGGGAAUCCUUCAACUUGAUGCCAAUGUCAUACCUGUGGCUGCAAUAAGUUUACUUCCAGAUAUUCCAGAGAAGAUAAACAAUAUAGAGGAGAAAUGUAUUUAAAAACGUGUACUGUGAUUAUAUGAGUUUGUUGACCUAAUGAAUUUGGCACUUGAAUCUUAAUAUAUUACCUAAUUCAGCCUUCUGAAUCUACUGCCUUCCGGACAUUGGGGCUACAACUCCCAAUAUUCAUAAAUAAUUGCAGUUCUGACGUAUCUAGAGGGCUGUAGUUUGAGAACUGCUGAUUUCACAGCAGUUCUCAAUUUGCUGUUUUUAUUAAAUCUAUGAAUGAACCAUAUUUAAAGGACAAUUAAGGUUGAGGCCCAUAAGAGUUUCUCAUUUCUUUUCAUUUCAACCAUUGUAAUAUAUUUUUGACAGAGGAAAAAAAAAAGCAGUUUCCUUAAGGACUUCAGUAAGUUCUAACUUCUAUGAAGUAAUUUCCCACUUCCUGAAACGAUAUCCUGUAUCUUCCCAACUACACUGGUUGUAGGACACACCAUGCUAACCCAGUAAAUUUGACCCAAACUCAUGGAACCGAGUAAAUAGCAUGAACAGGAGCAUAGAUUUGUGACAAAACUAAAAGCUAUUUUAGGCCUGCCGUCUUUAAGCGUGCCUUAUGGGACAGGUCAAAAGCAAAAAAGUUUUUAUACUGCUCUGACAAUAAAUGAAUUAUUGGUGCAAUUUUUGUUUGGGUUUUCCAAAUAUAAUCUUGAUGUUGUAAGCACUUUCAGGGUCUUUCCUACUGAAUUUAUGAACAUUUGUAAAAAUGUGCUUCUUAAAAACUUACAGUACACUACAAAUGUCUUUCACCUAGGAGUACAAAAUGCCUUAAAGUACUGUAUUGAUUCAGAGCAGUUCUAGAUACAGAUUUGUAUGAUCAUCAGACCUUACUGUAAAUUUGUUUCUUGAAAGAAAUUGGAGAUCAUGUAGGGUUCCUUUUUCAAAGUUGAUUGAGGCAGCAAAUCUGGAUCCAAUCCAUUGUAUUUGCUAAAUACUCUUUUCAUUUUCUAGUGGUACCUAGUAAGUAUUAAGUAGGGUCAUUGAUAUUCAUCUCUCCAAAACUAAAUUUGCCUAGGACAUUUCCCCAGUUUUACUGAUUGUUACCAAGGCAUUUAUCUCAUCAGCAAUCAGGAUUAGUUCCUCCUGUAAUUGGAAACAAGAGUUCCAACUUACGCUCACCUACCAGAUUGUUGCCCUUGAGUAUCUAAAUGAUGUAAAUGAUCAAGUACUACAAUCCUUUGAUGAGGAAAGAGAUCUUAGGGUAAUGGUAAACAGUUCAAUGAAGGCAUCAACACAAUGUGCAUCCUCUGUAAAAAAUGGCCAACGGCAUGUUAGGGAUAAUAAGAAAUGGUAUUGAAAAUAGAAAUGCCAAUGUUAUAGUGCCCUUAUAUCAAUCAGUGAGGUGACCGCAUCUGGAAUACUGUGCACAGUUCUGGUUGCUGCAGCUCAAAAAGGAUAUAAUGAAGUUAGAGAAGGUCCAGAAGAGGGCAACUAAGAUGAUCAAGGGGCUGAAGUCGCUUCCCUAUCCUAUGAGGAAUGGUUGCAACAAUUGGGGCUUUUUGUCUAGAAAGGAGACGUGAUUGAGGUGCACAAAAUUAUGCAAUGUGUGCAUAAAGUGGAAAAGAAGAAGCUGUUUUCCUCUUGUCAGAAAGAAUACCAGAACUAGAGGUCACCCAAUGAAAUUGAAUUCUGGAAGAAUCAGGACAAAAGGAUUUUAAAAUGUAAUUAAACUUUGGAAUUUGCUAACGCGAUGUGGUACUGGCUACCAGCUUGGCUGGCUUCAAAAAAGAGUUGGACCAACUCCUGGUAGUCAUGGGGAUCACUGGCUAUCAGCCUUGAUGGCAGUGGUUGCCUCUGAAAGCCAUCUGCUAGGAGACUAGUGGGCUUCUUUGUGCAAUUGUUUGGCCACUAUGAGAACAGACUGCUGGACAAGAUGGGCCAGGGGUCCACUCCAGCAGGGCACUGCUUAUGUUCUUAUGUCCUCAGAAAUUAUUAAGAAGGUGCCAAAGAAAUCUGUUCUGUAACACAAAAGUGAGCAGAUCCAUGGAUUUUGGAUGAAUGUCUAGCAUUAAUAGACAAAAAUUGCAAACUCAAAGUUGUGACUCAACAGCAUAAUAAACCAGUCCUUCCUGCUUCAAA